AUUCAAGCGAGCUAACAUGAAGUGGACAGGGGAGGAGAUAGUGCAGUGGAUGAACAGCAACAGGACAAUCACACAUCUGGCUUUAUGUGUAUGAUAAAAAUUAUUUUUGAAGGGGGAAAGAUACUGGCCUGCUACGGUGUUCAGAGUCUUCAGCAGCCCCUCAGGGUGCGCAUCACUGCUUCUCUUCAUCGUCACACAGCACCUCUGAGGCAAGACAAGGUCGGUGUAGGUGCAAGGAGCCUCGCUGACGACUGCGGUGGCGGGGCAGGAGCACGCAGCUCAGGAAGAUGGCGUCACCCUUUGUGCCUGUCCCCGUACCCAUGGACAGAGCCUUGUCGGGAGGUAGCAGCAAGCUCAGACGGCCGCAGCGGGCUUCAUCACUAGGCAGCGUCUCCAGCAGCUCGUCCUGUUCCUCUAUCAUCAGGGUGGCUGGGGAUGACCACGGAAGAGGAUUAGGUUCUCAGCGUCAAUCCCGCGGCAUUGACAGAGUCAGCCGGAGCAGGACACCGCCACCUGGCCAGAGCCCAGUGACACGGGCCAGGGUGAACGGGACUCUGGAGCCGUCUGUAGAGUACUCUAGCUGUCCCCGCUCCAUAUCGGACCCUGUUGGGAGCCAGCAAGGCGAGGAGAGGCCUAUUACCCCCACUGUGCUGGGGUAUGAGGUUAUGGAGGAGAGGGCCAAGUUUACGGUAUUUAAGGUCCUGGUCAGGAAGACUCCAGAUGAGAGCUGGGUUGUUUUUAGAAGGUACACAGACUUCUCCAGACUCAACGACAAGCUGAAGGACAUGUUCCCAGGCUUCCGCCUCUCGCUCCCCCCAAAGCGGUGGUUCAAAGACAACUAUGACAGCGACUUCUUGGAAGACAGACAGUUGGGACUACAGGCCUUUUUGCAAAACCUGGUUGCACAUAAGGACAUUGCCAACUGUCUGGCUGUGAGAGAGUUUCUGUGUCUGGAUGACCCACCUGGGCCUUUUGAUAGUCUGGAGGAGAGCAGAGCGUUCUGUGAGACUCUGGAAGAGAGCAACUAUCGUCUCCAGAGGGAGCUGCUCGAGAAGCAGAAGGAGAUCGGCGCCCUGAAGAGGAGGCUAGAGGAGAGGGAACAGGCCAUCCGGCUACUGGAAAAGCAAAUCAAUGGUGAGUGUGUGAGCCCAGAGUCACUGUGUGGUCUGUCAGCUCAGGGCAGUGAGAGCAGUGCAGAUGCAGAUGUGGAGUCCUCUGCUGCAGAGGCUGAUCAGGACAUGCCUGAUGACGCGGGUAACAUGCAUCCCACUGUUAAAGUUUGUACUAUAAUUGGCAGGUGUGAGGUCCAGCCGGUGCGAUCAUCUGCCUGUUGGUGUGGGCCGUCGCUCAGCACCUCUCCUCCGGUCAUCCAGGUCACUCAGCUUUACCACCAGAAACUGGAGCACUAACAACAAAAACUCAAACAUCCUUAUGGUUGAGUGCUAUUCCAUACCUUGUUGGGUUUUUUUUCCAUCUCUUCAACCUUGAACUCUCCUUCCUCCCAUUGCAAGCCUUCCAUCACCAUUUCAGCCACUGUUUUUACCUUCCAGUCUUGGACUUGGAUCUGAUGCAGCCUUUAACUCAAUAUCUGCAUAUUAAGUUAAAAGAAAAGAGUUUUAUAUUGUAGCAGCCUGUUCCCAUUAUAUUUCCCUGUAUACGAUGGCUCUCAGACUCAAGUUAAUCUUUCUUAAACUAUGUCUUGAUUUAUCACUUUUGCACCUCCUUCCAUGGCCGCCAGAUUGGAUCAAUUUGAUUCUGCGGUCACAAAGACAAAGUUUGGCUUCUUGACCAAAAAACCCCCCCAAAAACGAUGACUUGAAGACUCACACCACUGGGUGGUUUGAUGAUUUUCACAGUUGUGACAAUCUACAGAAAGCCGGAACCAUCAUCUCUUCCGGUUUCUGCAUUGCCUUAAGACAGGAGGCCCAUUCUCAAACCAGAGAAACAACACCCCCGUGUGGUUAUAUAACUAAGAAAAAAGUCUGGAUAAAUUAAAUGUCUCAGGAUACUCGAUAACCAGGUGGGUAUCACUGAGGAUUGAUAACUUUCUCUUUGCAGGUACGCCCAUGUCAUUGCUUUGUACUGCCAUUGACUCAUUGAGGCUGCAGCCAGACAUAACUUGAGGACAUUGUGUUUUCACUUGCAGUCAGACUCUUUUAACAUUCCCUCAUGUUUUUAGUGCCAUGCAUGAUUUUGUGGUAAACCAAGUCCUGCGAGAGACAGAAAACAUAACAAGAGAGAGCCAAUCAAAUGCGCCCUGUUGUUGCUUUUCCCUGUUACAAUUCCUCUUAUACACAGACAUGCAUCCGUUUGCUUCAAGGCAUUGAUUUUUGCCAAUUUCAGUCCAUAAAUAUUUACAACACUCGACCUCCUCUGGCACCUUGCCUGUUAACAGAGUGCAAACGGGGCCUGGAAUCGUAUCAGUAAAGCUCUACUAAGAUAUUGUGACAAGUAUAAUGAAAGGAUCAGUUCACCCAUUUUACAAAAAGACAUUUUUGUAAAGACAUUUGACAUAAUUGUUGACAAAUUGCAUAUGAAAAAUUCAAAAGCAACCAUCUACCGAACAAUAAUCCCUGUUAACAGCGACACCUGAGGGGUACAGCCUCAGGAACUCCACAAAGUUGAAGCAGACGUUUCAGAGCCAACGUAGUUAGGGUGAACUAAUCUUUUUAAGAAGUAAUUCGACUCCAUUUGAGGAAAGACUCCCCCACACAUACACAACACACAUAUGUACACACACAGGAAGUUACGACUCGAGAGACUAAUGAGCCAUAGUUGAGAGAGCAGAGGGAAAUGAGACUUUAGAGCAGGACCUGUUUCAUUUCAACAACACCACCUUAGUUUUACUGAAUCAAGGCCACUGAAAAUAACAAACAACCAUCAUACAUUUCAGAAAGCACUCGACAAUAUAAGUGACUGAUAGACACUAGUCAGCUCUGUAUCAGCAUCCAUUGUUACUGGGCCUACACAUCAUCCCAAAAAGCCAUAUUCUGUAGACCCAAAUAAGACUUGAGAGUUCGGGUUUUUAACUGUCGUCGUGUGUGCUGACCAGCUCACAAGUUUCUCACUCUUUAAUUUAUGAAGGGUAUAAUAACCACAGCUAAUGUUGAAUCGUCUCAAACAAGGCCUGGUUAAAGGUCACGUAAUGCACUUUACGGAUGAAUGGCAACCCAUAAUGUUUGCUAGGAUAUGGUUUUACUACUUAAUUUGUCCGAGACAGAAACGUGCCUUUUCAAUCACUGAAUCUGUCUCGAUUUCCACGUGGAUAUCAUGUUAAUAUGAGAGUAAUGUCUAUGGAGUUUGUUAAUGUUUUGUUGUCUUGUAAAUUCCCUUCACUACCUUUCAAGUGCCUUGAAGAUCUUUCACUUUUUGUUGGUGUGUUUAAAUAGCUUUAUAGAUUUGUGUAGGACAUGAAAUAAUUCCACUAUGUUCCUGAAGGAAAUAAUGUUUUAAAUGACACUCAUAUGUAUAUGUCGUUGCUUGGAAUAGACUGAACCAACAUGUUUUUUUUGUAAUAUUACAUGAAUUAAUGUCAAGUCUUAGUUCACAUAUACACCCAUAGUUGCACUAUGAAAGAUUUAUAUGAAUAACAUUUGGUAUCACUAUUAAUGUCCUGGAUUUAAAGGGAUAAUUCACUGAGAAACCUGGUCUGAAAUGCAUACUGCAGAUACUGUAACACAUACUAUAACAGAGACGUUUAUGAGAAAUAUUUAAUUCACACACAAACAUGGAAUGUUAUAUUGAAUGAACAUGUAUGCGUCGUCACAUUUAAAGUGUCCAUUUUCCUGAAAUUUGAUGGUAUCAGUGGUUUGUGCUUUCUGCUGAGAUGUUUGUGGGCAAAAUGUAAUAAAUUCUUACCACAGAAAA